AUGGAGUGCAGAGCUAUACCUGAGCUAUCUGAAAUUCUCGAGCCUUUUUCUUCAAAUAUUUUCUCCAUAUUAUCUCAAUUCUACAAUAAGAAUCUUUUUUCUUCAAAAAAAUGCUUUGAUAUUAUUACAAAAAAUAUUUCAGAUUACAGGCCUUGGGAUAUAACCCUUAUAAAAAAAAAUUCUUAUCAGUUUUCUUUAAGCUUCAAAGAAAUUUUACUAUUGAAUACAAAAUCUCAAUCAUUUUUCAAAUUUUUAAAAUAUCAACCUCAUUUUGAUCAUUUUACCAAUGAGCUCAAUAAUUUAUGCGCAAUUUUCAAUGAAAAACUUAGAAUCUGUGUUGAUAAAAAUGAAUUGAAAAAAAUGUCUUUGCUAUUAGCUAUUGUUAAUGACUUUGCCAAAGUUAAUGACAAUUUUGUAACAAUUUCGAUUGAUUAUGGAAAAAUACAAAAUUCAAAGCAAGAUCAAACGUGCCAAAAUAUAAUUGAAUCAAUUGAGAGUUAUAAUUUUGAAAGAGCAAUUCAGUUAAUAAGAAUGCUUGAUGAAGGGGCUUAUAAUCAAAAUAUAGAUAUAAUUAAAGAAAAAGUGUAUUGUCAAAUUGAAAAUUUAUUGAAAGACCUUAAAGAAAGCGCUUUAAAUAUAAACAAUUCUAAGCUAGAUCAUGCCCAAAUAAGCGCUAUGUGCUCAAAUUUUCAAAAACUCGCUCCUCUUAAAAAUAAUUUUUAUAGUUUUUUUGAUAGAGAAGUUGUUCAAUUAUUCAGUGAACAAGAGGAAAACAUUAGAAAGAUAUUUAUGGAUAAAAUUAUGGAAUUUCUGUAUGCAAUUGAAAGUGCUAUUACCUCUCAUAAAUAUUAUGAAGCUGAAGUAAAAAUGAAAAAUAUCCAAGAUUUGAAAAGUGAUAUACCUAUCCUCCUUUGUGACUUUGUGAGAGAACAAAAAUUUUAUUUGCUCAGAGGGAAUAUUUUUUUUUCUUCAAAAUUUUAAAAAAUCCCAAUUUAUGCUUUAAAUGCAAGUUGUUUUAAAAUUUAAAAGAAUUAACGAGAGAUUUCAUUAUAAUAAUUGUUAUAUAUAUUGAUCAAAAUUUUUUUUCGCUUUGCACUAAAUUUUUUUUCACUAACGAGAGGGAAAUUUAAGAUAUUUGGAUGGGGAAUUCAAGAUCAUCUUUCUAAAGUUCAAAAGAAGCUUGAUGAUAUGCCACGCUCAAUAGUUAAUCUUAUGAGGUCAUGCAAAAUUAAUGAUUUUAAAGAUUGCAAUCCUAGGCUAAUCUUGCAAGAAUUUGAAAAUGCUUCAAACGACUUCCCAAAAUAUAAAGAUAGUCCUAACCAAGUUAAAAAUAUAAUUCAUGAAAAAUUCGAUAGCAUAAGACGCACUAUAUUCACAAAAUCCUUUUGAGAAAAAAAGUCAAUUAUCAAUGAUUUAUCUUCAAUUUUAGAGCUUUUACCAAGUGAUUUUAAGAAUUUAGCAAACAUUUUAAUUGAUGACAUUAAGAAAAACUAUAAAGAGCAAAAAAAAUAUACUAUGGAAAAAAUCAAUAUAUUAGCGAAAGAACAAAAUAUAACAGAAUUAUGUGCCAUGUACCUCAAAUCUGUCAAUAAACCACAAUUAACAAAUAAUAAUUAUUGGCAAAGAACUGAUUAUUCACAGCAAAUUAAUUUGUCAUGGGAAGCUAAUUAUAUAGAAAAAUGUUUAAGAGAUAUUUUGAUAAAUCUUAAAGAGCAAAUAUGCCUUGCUAUUGAUAAAGGUGAGUGAGACAAAGCUUUCAAAAAUGCUUGGGUUUUGGAGUAUAAAGGCAAAUUAAAUGAUAUAAUAUCAGACAGUGACUGAAUUCUAUCUGAAAUUGAGCAGAGUCUUACUCCCCGCUCUCCAUAAAAUAUUGUUCACUCAAGGAGGGGGUUAAUUUUUUUUUUUAAAAAAAAUUAUAUAUAAAUUUUAAAAAUCCUAAUUUGCAAUAAUUGGGAAGCAAAUAGUAAUUUAAUUAUAAAAUUUAUGUCUUAAAAUGCAAUUUGUUUAAAUUAAGCAGAAUUAGCUUGAGAUUUCAUUAUAAUAAUUAACUUAUAUAUCAAUUUUUUUUUCAUAAAAAAAUUUUUUCUAUUAAAAAAAUUUUUGUUCACUCACGGAGGGGGGAGUUAAGAAAAUUAUGGAAAAUGCUUAUAAUUCUCUUCUAAAUAUUGAUCAUAAAGAUGAAAGCACAGAAUGCAUUGAGGCCUUAAAAUGUCAUACUAUUUUUAUGGACUUUAAAAUUAAAUUUGAAAAGGAAAAAGGAGUUUCAAAUAUUUUUAACUUUAACAAUACUAUUGAAAGCAUGCUAGUUGGAAUUUCAGAUUUUUAUGCAAAUCUCAAUAAAAGCUAUUUAGAGUUUAAACCUCCCAAAAAUGCCCAUAGCUGCAAUAAAAUUUUAAACAAACUUAAAGAAUGGGAUGAAUUUUUCAGAAUUUUUAAAGAAUAUUUAUCACAAUAUCAAGCUCAUCACUUUUACAUUGAUUAUGAAAGAAUUAAAAAAUUGCCUCGCUAUUUUGGGCUUGUAGAAGACUUAAGUGAAGCUUUAUGCCAACUGGGUAAUUAUUUUGCGAACUUGAAAAUUGAAAAUGAUGAAAUAAAGCACCAAAAACUCCUUGAAGACUGUGCUAAUGAGAUCCAAGACAGAUUAGACCAAAUAAAAAAUUUUGAAGACUUAAAAAAUCACCUAAAUCCUCAUGUUGUUAAUUUUGAAAAAAUAGAAUCAGGAGCAAUUGAUUCUAUAUCCAGAGAAAUGAAUAAAAUUGUAGAGGACGCCUCACAUUUGAUAAAUAAAGAUGAAAUCUGGGAAGAAGAAUUUACUAAAAUUAGAAUUUAUUAUAAUUGCUUGGUUAUGUUUGAGAAAAAUCUAAAAAUCAAAGGCUUUGAUUGAAAAAAGCCACUCACUCCACCAUCCGUAAGCGAAUAAACCAUUAUAAAGCCCCUAUUUUUUGGCUAAAAAACCUCCAAUAGCGAACAAAAAUUUUUUAUUAAAAAAUAUUUUGAUAUAUAAAUGAUAUUUAUUAUAAUGAAUUCACUAUUUAAUUCUGUUUUAUUUUAAGCAAAUUACGCCUUAAAACAUAACCUUUACGAAUUAAAUUAAUUUUCGCUCCCCAAAUUUUACGAAUUUGAAAAAAAAAAUUCUAUAAAGUUUAUAUAUACUAUUUUUAAACCCCCUCUGUGAGCGAACAAAUUUUUUUGUUAGCUCAAUAAGGGGGAGUCAGAGGAAUUGAAGCCAAAAUUUUUAAUAAAACUGUUGAAUUAAGAGAAAAAGCUGAAAAUGGAGCUAAGGUGACAGAAAUUGUAGAUUCUAUGAUAAAAAUGAAGAAUAUUUCAAAUAAUUUUCCUUUAUUAAAAGAAGGACUGGAUAGAAUAAUGGAUGAAUUUUUAGAAACUUUUAGGAAGAAAAACAAAGCCAAACCUGUAGCAAUUUUUGAAAAACUAGAAAAACAUCCAACCGGACUAGGACUUUAUAUUAUUUCAGAACAUAAAUUUUUUGAGGGUGUAAUGCAAAGAAUAUGGUUGAAUAAGACCCAGAGGCAUGGUAUAGCUUAUGCGCUAGAUAAAAUCAAAAGUACAAAUUUGAAUAAGCGAGAGUUAGAAGAUAAGCAUAGGGAUUACACUGAACAUUUUAGUGAGCUGCACAGAAUAUAUUGAAGUAUUGCCGGCGAUAAAGGGGCGGAUGAUGCUAUCUCUCAAAUAUUAAGCCAAAUAGAAAUAGUGUCCAAAAAUCACGCCAUAACCUCUUCAAAUCCAGAUAUUAGCCUAUUUAAGGAGUUUAUACCUGAGCUUUUAGCCUAUAUUGCAAUGUUAUGGGUGCUUUUAAAUAUUAAAAAAUAUAAUCAAAAUAUAAAUGAUCAAGAUGAAGAAAUUACAAUUGUUACCCCACAUGCAAUACAAAUCUUAUCAAUAUUCCGAAUGAUUGGAAUUGGCUAUCAAGGAAAUACAAAUAAUAAAAAUAAUCUAGUACAAAUUUUAACAGGUGAAGGAAAAUCAAUAACAUUAGCAUUUUUAUGCUCCAUACUUGCCCUGUUAGGAUUCAGUGUGAACUGCGCCUGCUAUAGCGAGCACCUAAGCAACAGAGAUUUUCAAGAUUUCCAACCUUUAUACACAGCCCUAAAUAUUUGCGCCUAUAUAAAAUAUGGAACUUUUAACAAACUUUGUGAAGAUGAAAUUAACUCAAAAGGUGACAUCAGAGCGAUUGUUUUAGAUUUUAUCAAAUUUGGAAGAUGCCCAGGAUCAUAUAGUGGAGCAGUAGAAAGACCCAAAAUUCUUUUGAUAGAUGAGGUAGAUGUCUUCUUCACCAAAACCUUCUAUGGAAAUAUAUAUCGGCCUCUUGCUAAGCUAAAGCAUGAUACUAUAAAAAAGCUGACUGAUUAUGUAUGAAAAAUAAGAAAAACACCUCAACUGAUGGAAAUAUGAAAUGCGCCUGAGUAUAGGCUAUGCAGUCAGCAGUUUCCAGGGUUUGAAUUUAUUAUUGAAGAGGCUGUUAAAGAUAUGAUAAAUCAUGUAAGACAGUUUGAGUCUCAUAACUAUAUAGUACAGCAUGACAAAAUUUGCUAUAAAGAAAACGACGGAGUUUCAUCUAAUAUUGUUUAUGGAUAUAAUACAUUAUUUGCAUACUAUUUUGAGAAAGAAAAGGGAAAUAUAUCUCAGGAAAGCUUAGAAGAAAAUAUUUUUAUUGGAAUUAGAUGCGGAAUGUUUUCAUUUGCAGAAAUUCCUCACAAAUUCAAUUACAUUAUGGGAGUCACUGGAACUCUAGAAACUUUAGGUGAUUAUGAAAAGAAUAUUAUAGAGAAUAAAUACAAUAUAAAAUUAAAUACUUACAUGCCAUCAGUGUUUGGGGAAAGUAAUCGUCGUUUUAGAAAAAACAAAGACAUUUAUGUAGAAAAUAAAGACGAUUAUAGUAUGAAGAUAAUGUCUGAAAUAAAUAGCAAAAUAGAAGGCAUAAAAGCAGGAUGCAAAAGAGCUGUAUUGGUAUUUUUUGAAGAUGAAAAAAAAUUAAUGGAUUUUUAUAAUAUUUCGGACCUAAAACACACUGAUUAUGAAAUUCAGCUCAUGACAGAAAGUUUAAGUGUAAACGACAGGGUUUUUAUGAUUAAAAAAGCCACAGUUCCAAAUACAGUAUCAUUAUUAACAAGAGCUUAUGGCCGAGGAACUGAUUUUAAAUGCCAAAACCAUGAAAUUGAGACCAAUGGAGGGGUGCAUGUAAUCCAAGUAUUUUUUUCAGAAAAUAUAUCAGAAGAAGCUCAAAUGAUGGGAAGAUCUGCAAGGCAAGGCCAAGAUGGAUCAUUCAGCAUGGUCCUUUUAGAUAGUGAGCUCGAAAAAUUUUUGGUUUCAAAAAACGAUAUUGAAAAUAUGAAAAAUAAUGGAACAGUUUAUGAUGGGUUAAAUGAAAAAAGAAAUAAAUAUAAUCAAAUUAAGAAUAACAACGAAUCUGACCAUGUGAAGGAAUCUAAAGCUCUUCAUGAUAGUUCAGUUGAAUUUCAGAGUUUUCUUCAGCAUAAUAAUAUAUCAAGAGCUAAAGCAUUUCUGGAUGAGCUCAACAAAGGGCUCAGCAUUGAUAUUGGAACUUCAAAAACAAUUGUUUUAAUUGAUGCAACGGGAUCUAUGUCGCAUUUGAUGCAAAGUGCUAAAAAUACUGUGAAAGCUAUGUUUUCAAGGGUCUGUGCAGUUUUAUCAAAAAAAAAUAUAAAUCAAGAUUGCUUUCAGCUUCAAUACUGCGUUUAUAGAAAUUGGUGUCAAAGUGAAGACGAUGUAUUACAAUUUUCUCCAUGAACAAAUAAAUCAGAGGUGUUGGAAAAAUUUAUGGAAAAUGUGACGGCUUGGGGUGGCGAAUGAGAAGACGAAGCAGUUGAAGUAGGACUAUGACAUGUUAAUAAGGUUUCACAAAAUGAUACAAUCUCGCAAGUUAUUUUGAUUGGAGAUGCGCCUCCAAAUACUUCUGAGGAAUUUAGAAUAAUACGAGGUAGAAGAUCAUGAUCAAAAUAUAGUAGUGUUGAAUAUUACGAGAGAGAAUUAACAAAAAUUAUAAGUAAGGAAAUUCCAGUAAAUGCAUUUUAUGUCAAAAAUUCACCUAAAACUAUAUUUGAACAGAUUUCAAGAUUAACAAAAGGCCAAAGUGGGUUUCUUGAUAUUAAUUCAAGCUCAGGAGCUGAAAGGCUUACUGAUUUAGUUUCUAAAGAAGUUUUAAGAAAAUCAGCUGGAGAAGGAGCUGUAAAACUUUAUGAUGAAAUGUAUCCUCGCUCAUAUACUUAA